AUGAAUUCUUCUUAUACAAGUACCUUAGCACCACCGCGCUACGAGGCUAUUUUGAAAAGCGAUUCACAAAAGAGUAAACCUAUCAUUCACGAACCCCAAAUUGCCGAUGCCCCUCCUCUAUAUCCGUCAUUAUCCAAACUACACUACGAGAAGGAUAAACAUGGCCUUCUCACAGAGCAAAACCUACUUGCUUUCUACCACAAUCCAUUAUAUAUGGCCAGCGAAGAAUUUGUGGACAAAUUUGUACAGAACAAUUUGAUAUCAGCUGGUCCACUUUUCCCGUUGUUGAAACGCUUGAAGAGGUUGAGUGAACAGAUGGGCAUCAGUGAAGUUUCUGAAAAGGAAAACACGGAAAAUCUUACGAAGUGCCUCAGAGACUGCUGGGUUAUGCAGCAGCAGACAUUUGAAACAAAGGUGAGCUCAUCGCUCUUUAUUUUGAAAUGUAUGUGUGCGUUUCAUAAAGGUUAAAU